GAUCAAAGUCCGGGGGAACAAGGUCCUGAGGACCUUGGGGUGCGCCCCUGGAUCUUUCGAGGAUUCGUCGAGCCGAUGAUGGAAAAUGGCCAUGAAGUUGGAUGGCGACAUUAGACGCCACGAAUGUCUGACGUUCUUUCGUCCGAAAUAUCAACAUCUAUUUUUUUUCUUUUGAAGGACAUCCAUCUGUGAAGCUCGUACGAUCUUCUUUCCCUUCAUCUUGCACUCGCACUUGCACUUACGUAUUGACGCCAUACGAAGCCGUAUGACAUCCCGUCUCGUGAUAUUCGCUUGACUUGGCUGUUUCACACGAAUAUGUCCAAACGAUCGCCCUAAUACAAAAAGGUCCAAGCCCGUACGUCCCAUGUCUUUCCCACACUUUUACCAUGUCAAAGAACCUGGACGACCUUGUAAUUCGAGAGGUAACUGCUGAUGUCUGGAUUUUUUCCAGGCCUUUCACACGUGCUCGAUUUAUUCCGUUUGGUGGGCGCUCAACCGCAAUUAAGUUAACCAGUGGAGACGUAUGGGUCCUCGCAUCAACGCCGCUGACACAGGAUACAAAAGAGACCAUCGACAAGCUGGGACCUGUGAAAUGGAUCAUGGCCGGAGAUGCGGAACAUCAUUUGUUUCUUGCGGAGUACAAGAAGGCCUAUGAGAAUGCAAAGUUAGUCGUCGUGGAGCGGCUUUUAAAGAAGAAGACGGACGAGGGUCUGGACGUCGCGGGUGCUUAUGGUGUUGAUCCGCCAGAGACCGAGUACGGCUUCGAGAGCGAGAUCAAGGCUCAUUACUUCCCCGGCUUCGUAAACCAGGAUGUCGCAUUUUAUCACGUCGCGUCGAAGUCCCUGAUUGUUGCUGAUCUCCUUUUCAAUCUACCUGGUACGGAGCAAUACUCAAAGUCCAAGUCUUCCUCGAAAGUCCCCAUAAUCUGCAAGUUAAACCCUUCGGGAGUGGUUCUGAAAACCCUCCUAUUUAAGUUGGGCAAGGAUAAAGAUGCGAUGCGUCGAGACAUCAAAGCUGUUUCAGAAUGGGACUUCAGCAGGAUUAUCAUGUGCCACGGGGACGUCAUCGAAGAGGACGCGCAUAAAGCUUGGAAAGACGCCUAUGCUAACGCUCGAGGUGCAACCUCGCCAACGUUUGACUUUGUUCAUCGUGAUGUCUCUUACGGCCUUGAUCAGAACUUGUCAUCUUCUUAG